UUCACCGAGGGACAUCCCAAUCGAACCGAACGGAACGGAUAAGAGGUUGGGCUUUUUAUUUAUUUUUUAGUUUUUGGGUUAAACCAAUGAAACUGGUGUCCUUAGAAGACAGGGAGAGAAAGCGGAGUCUGAUGUUUGUGUAGGCAAAUGGCCACGCUUCGCACCACUGCGCACGUUAGCACCGGCCCCUUGCCUUCCUCUAGUCUGCUCCGAAACUUCGCUGCCAAACCAAAGCAGUUGGCACCAGUGAGGUGCGCAUUAUCGCCUGCUAAUUGGCGGGAGAGCAGGCGAUUGGUCUCUAUCUCUCUCGUUAUUUCUCACUUGCUCUUUAUCCCUAAUCAUGCUAUGGCUGGCAGCAUUUUGGAUAAAUAUGUGAAAAGGAAAAAGCUUGAGCCUUUGGAGACUUAUGUACCAGCUGUCAUAUUGACCCAGUUGCAAAUCAAGGACCUGGGGCAAACUCUGGAAGAUGAUCAACCCCAAUAUGCUUCCUGCCGAUCACUACUACGUUCAGGCCCAGCAGCUUCCCUUCGUGUAAAUAUCAGAGCAGUGGCUCAAUAUGCUUCAGAAAGUGGGAACGGUAAAACUGCUUUCAACAUUGUUGAUCAAUGUCUCAGCGCCUUGGAAGAACUUGAUUCAUUGCUUUUGCACGCAUCAAGAAACGAUCCCCAAGCUUCUGUCAAAUUAAUGAAGGCACAGAUUAACGUUGCCCUUGAUUCAUUGGAUAGCCUCCUUAAAACCGUACCUUCGGAUGCGCUUGACAAAUGCAAGGCUAUCGCCGACUCUUAUAGGAACUCAUACGAAGAUGCAGAUGUUGACAUCUCUGACCCAGAACUGAAACAGUUGGAAUCAAUAUUGUGAAUUCGUCUUAUUUCCACUGUAUGUUUUUAAUCUUAUAUCACUGAAUUAUGAUUGAGAAAAGUGAAUAAACUUAUUUCAAAAAAAAAAAUAAUGUAUUUUUAUGAGGAACUCUCGUCAACCAUA